AUGUCCGUCGACAAGGCCGUGGCCGCCUCUGGCACUGACCUUGGAGAUGGCUUGAGGAGAAGGGUUGCCGCCGGCACCGAGGUGUCCAAGGCUACUCCUCAGCCCAUCGAUAACAAGAAGCUCGCAAAGAAGUGGGAGUUUGUCAUCGCGCCCAUUCUCUUCACUGUCCUUGCUGCCUUUACCCGUCUGUGGAAGAUUGGCAUUAGCAACAUCGUCACUUGGGACGAGGCUCAGUUCGUCAACACCCCCUCCCCCUCAUCUGCUUCCCUCUGCAGCUGGCACUAA